AUGUCGUUUGUGUGGAUGAAAUUAAUUUUGUUGAAUUUAUUUGGAUUUUGGAAUACAGUUGAGAUAGUUGUUUUUGGAUUAGAGAAUCUGGCACUAAACAAACCAACAAGACACACCAGUGAAUAUUCAAAUAGAACAUAUUCUUCCAAUGCGGUCGAUGGAAUUCUAAAUAAAGACGGCGACAAUAAUUGCUCUCAUACACAUUUGCCAACAGAUACACCCAAUUGGUUGUUGGUUGACUUAGAAGCUGAAUAUGAAAUUACAAGCGAUAGAUUAAGAGAUUUUACUGUUUCUGUUUGGCAAUAUGAUCCUGGUCCUCAUAUCAAAUAUAACAUGGUGGAUACUGAAUACUGUAUUUGUGUCAAUCACCCGAACACAGCAGAGAGAGCCACCUGGACAAAUUUAACAUGUACGAAAAUAUGUUUGGGAAGAUUUGUUCUGGUAGUUUUGAACAACCCGACAGUUUUAACAAUAUGUGAAUUAGAGAUAUUUGGUGAUAUAUACAAUGGCUGUUCAACACAGUACUUACCUGAAAUUCAUGUAAAAAAAGUGACAGGUAAACGUUCCAGUUCACCAAAUUGUACACUCUUACCAUAUGAAGUAGCCAAUGUAUAUGAGUGUAUCCAGCAAUGUUUACAGAUGAACGGCUGUAUCAGUUUUAAUUAUGGUCCUAAUUUAAUCAACACUGUUAAUUGUCAAUUAGUGAGAUGUUUUUCACACCCAAAACAAGACUUUACUGUAGAUAGUGCAUGGGACUGGCGAUAUUUGUCACAUUAA